GAACGACAAAUUGGAACCUACCAUUGGAACCUACGUCUUCUCUUCAGUGGGGCCAAGUCAUUUACUUUUUCCCACCAUAGGGUUAAUCUAAAAGGUGAGAUUUAUUUUUCAGGUUAAGCAGAGCUUGUUGGAGGGGGAGGGGAAGGACGGCUCCUGCACUUCUGGGGAGGAGCACGUUUUCUAUAGCCCUGCUCGGACAGUGAGGAACAUGACUAAACUGUGUAUGACUGAUGAGAAGACACCUUGUUAGGUUCCAAUUCAUCUUUCCGCUUCCUUCUGCAGAUUGAAGAAGAAACCCAGGUGUCCCGGGCAACCCAAGGCGAGCAAGACAACUACGAGAUGCACGUCAGAGCAGCCAAUAUAAUCCGGGCUGGGGAGUCCCUCAUGAAGCUGGUCUCUGACCUGAAGCAGUUUCUGAUCCUCAAUGACUUCCCCUCAGUCAACGAGGCCAUCAACCAGCGCACCCAGCAGCUGCGCGGCCUGCAGGAGGAGUGUGACAAGAAGCUGAUUGCGCUGCGGGAUGAGAUCUCCAUCGACCUCUAUGAGUUGGAAGAAGAGUAUUACUCUUCCAGCUACAGUCUGUGUGACGGCAGUGACCUUCCGCUGUGUGAGGCCUACUGGAGACAAGAACCUGCCAGGGGCUCCCCUGAAGACCUCCCCACACCUCUGGCAGCCACCAUGAUGGAGCAGAGUAUCCAAGCUUCUCAGGGGCCCACCGCCUCGCACCCUCACGUCAAUGGGCAUGGAGCCGCCCCCACGGAGCAUCCCUGAAAAGGACCCCUCUGCCCCCAGGCCUGGCUGAAUUUUGAGCGAGGAAGGAUCUGGCUCUCCGAAUGAACCCAACGGCUUCCAGCUCUCCAGAAGUCUGCUGCAUUUGCUGGAGAGUGUUUCUUAAGAAAUGUCAGAGGGUAGCUAGCUGGAGGUGGAGCUCAUAGUUGUAACAGGACACCGGCCUUGUUUGUGGCAAAACAUUUGGGCUUCAGCCAGUUUGAUGCAACUGCAUGAGAGUUUCAGAUAGGGCUGUUUGGGGUUUGAUAGCCUCAGAGGGUUGGUCAGCAGCAAAACUGUUAGAUUUGAGUCCAGUAGCAGCACCUCAGAAACCAGCAAGAUUUUUGGGGUGUGAGACUCAAAGUUCCCUUCAUGUGUUGUAUCUGACAAAGGGAGAUUUAACUCUCAAAAGCUUAUGCUCUAAGCAUCCCGUUGGUCUUGAAGAUGUUACUGGACUCAAAUCUAACUGUUCUCUUUGAAAAACAGAUGUUCAUAUAACAUGGUGCUUGUAUUAUUUCAAUUUCAGGGUUUCCAUAUUUUAUCAGCAUUUUAUUCCCUGGACCCAAAGGGAGUUAAGUUUCAGGAAAAUCUACUUCAGUAACAUCGGCAAUCCAGGUAGGUCGUCUGGAGGGUGGGAUUAAAUGUCCUUUGUAGGAAGGGGCAGGACUGGGGGAGCUCCCCCCUGCCCCACCCCACCCCACCCCACCCCACCCCACCCCACACUGCCUUCUGGCAGGCAAUAAGCAGAUGGAGCCUAUUCACACCACCAGCCUUGGCCCAGGAAGGCUUUUUUUCUCCAGAAUCUCUGUGCUUUCUGUCUUUUAAAGGCAUGGGGGCAGUAAAACAAGCAGGGACUGAUGCCCUUGCUUUCCACUGGCCUUUAAAAUAUCCCAUUGCUCUUGCAGCUCUUUAGAGUAGCCUGACACAGAAAAAUAGGUGAGGUUCCCUUGGCAUGGAGGAGAAAUGAGUGAAAAACCUCUGCCUGAAUUCUUGAGUUAACUCUGGCAGGGUUGGUUUUUUAAAAAGGAGAAAAAGCAAAAACCUAGAAAGGUGCUGAUUGUCAGACUCUCGAACAUGGAAAUAACAGAGACCGUAGGAAAGUCCUAAAGCAGUUUAUUUCUCACAACGCGUAGAGUAACAAUAGAAAGCUGGAUUUAAGUUAGAGAGCUUAGAUCCAGAGACUAUAUCCUUCAACACCCCCCCUGUAUUGCCCCACACCAAAUGUCUCUUACAGUUUCUACAACAUUUGUACUACAGAGCUUCAAAGAAUCUGGGAACUGUUCACACCUUCUUGCAGAUGAGCUGGCGCCAGGAGGUUGCCAGGGAGGGAAGAGGGAAACAGGAAAGCAGUUACAGGAAAACAUUUGCAAUUCCCACACAGCAAGACAUCCGGGCACUGACAGGCUUGGUCCUGACACUGACAACCACUGUUCCAUGCUGCUCAGCCCUAAAUACUUGGGUGUCCUGUUUUCAGUGUUCUUCCACCAGAUCAGCCAUGUAAGCUAAAUCAGUACUACCCUCUCCAUCCUGCGGAUACUAAUUGCGUGCCCCCACCUGGUCCAUUUCCCAAUCUCGGUGCCACCUGCAGCUUAUCUGUGACUAAGAACCACACAGUGUUUCUCCAUUUCCUCUGGAGUUUUGUGGGGGACCAAAACUGCAGUUCAGAGCACACUUUGCUGGAAUCAGUGCAAUUGACUGAAAUGCUUAGUAAUCUUGCUUAGAAUUGAUCCCUUCAGGAUAUCAGGAUAUGGCUUUGAGCCCCAUUCAGAAGGGGGGAGUGCCACGUGGCCACUCUGGUGAAUUUGGCCACACUGGAGUGCUUACCCUGGUGGAGGGGUGAUUUUGCCACUGUGGGGCUGCCACGGCCCUCCCCAGCACAGGAAUGUGACACCAGCAGCCACUCCCCCCCAGGCAUGAUGGGGUCAUGGCCACGGGAGGGGUCGACUGCAUUGCUGGCAGGUGUCAGAUAAGGCAUGGUCUCUUCGUCUUCUUCCCCCACUUAUGAGCUUUAUGGGGUGUGUGGGAGGUGUUGCAAUGGGAAGGGCCCCGCAGAAUUCACUUCCCUGCUGCCGCCUCUAACGACAAAAAUGCCCACUAGCUGUUGCAAACCUAUUCUGCAGUGUAAGCUAGAGACUGGAGCAGAUGUGUUCUUGAGCCCUCUUAGACGUGUGGAGCUGCUGAGGGCCCCUAAUUUCCUGGUCCUACACCUGGGCCUUUAACAGUAGGAUGACAUGCACACACUAAGAAGCCACAAGUGCAUUUCUCCCUGCUUUCUGGUGGCAGCAGCUCUACCUUUUUAAUGUCUGUGUACUGUCUUAUUUCCCUGCCCUGGAUAGCUGAUAUCAGAGGAUAAGUAAGGUGGACUCUGCCAAGUAGUUGGAUGGGAGACCUCCAAGGAAUGACAGGGUCAUAAUGAAGAGUCAGGCAAUGGCAAACCACCUCUGAACAUCUCUUGCCUUGAAAACCUCAAUAGGAGUCAUGAUCUGAUGAUCAAAAAACAAAGCAAAAAAAAUCUUGCUGCUAUAGACCCAGGAGUUAAGCCAAAUUUUACAAGCUGGUAAUCUGGGCUAUAAACAUUUCAGUGUCUGCAGUCUGUAUGUAGGAAUACAUGUUUUUUUCCCUUUGUGUAAGCUGACUGAAUAAAACCCAUUGAGUUUUGUAUUGUUACAAAA